AUGCUUUACGCAGGAUACUACAACCUCACCCAAGCUGAGAAGAACAGCUCGGCAACAUCAUCUCGUCGUGUCUCCCAAGAAUCCACCGCCAGCAAGUCCUCAAAGACAUCGCAAAGGAUCAAGUCCACCAUCAAGAACGCCCUUGAUCAACUUCGACCAACUACCGAGACGUUGACCCCGGCAGGUAUCUACUCGCCAGUCAUUCAGAAAGGCACGCUCUUUGGACGCAAGCACGCACCAGCCGAGGUCAGGCACGAGACGUCAAAGGCAUAG